AUGCUACCCUCACGCAAACGAUCAAAACUAAAUCCUUCCAAGGACCAGUCACCGUCUUCCUCAAAAAAUGCCGCAGAACCGGGACACACUACUACCAACAACGGUCAGCAUGGUGCAGCUUCUAACAAAAAACUCGGAUCGAGAGCGAGUUGGUAUGGAACUUGGCCGCGAAAAUCUACUGUUUCUACACAGGUCGUGAAAGAGACAAUCUUAGCUGAUAAACCAUCGAACGGGAAUAUGGCGACGGAAUUGAGCCAUCGCGAUCAACGAAAACCUUCAUCAGUCACAUCCAGGCCUCCAUCGAUGUACCCAGGGAAAAGCAAGCCAGCAUCAGAAAUAACGUUGAGCGCGCCACUGCAGGGGACUUCGGACAAUAAGACAAGUAGCAAGAAAGAUGAGAAUGUAGCCCGAGAUGUUGACAAUCCGGAAACACCUCCAAGAACCCGAUCGUUGGGGGAGUCUGAUACACCCAAAGAAACAAACUCGCAAAGUUCGCCGAUUGCUGAGAUUACAAAGCCGCCAGUCACAUCUCAAGGCUGGUUAGGCUGGUUAGGCAUGCCAUCGCAAACAUCAAAGGACUCAAAAGUGUCUAUUCCCGUGGUGGAGGAGCCUCAAAAACAAGAUACUGAAGAACUCCCAUCAAAUGAGACAAUUAUACCAGAGCAGGCAAUGGCAGAAGAAGCAAUGGAGGCUCCGAAACAAACAUUAUCAGCAUCGAGGUCAUGGUUUAAUUUAUGGUCAGCCUCUCAACCUCCAAUUCCUGCAGAACGCCCAAGAGAACCAGUUUUAACCCAAGAAUUGGAGAGCAAUCCCAUCAAAAUUAUCAAAGAUGCAUCGAAAGAUGCAUCUAAAUCUCCACAAUCGACACCGAGUAGAUCUACAACGCAACCUGGUGGGUCUAGUUGGGCAUCGGCGUUUUGGUACUCCGACAAUACCAAAAAGGGUACCGAGCCUCUGGAGGAUAGCAAUAAGGGGGAAACUGGCGAGUUAGCAAUCUCGGGCGAGCAAUCUCAAAACCAUCCGCUUCCAGCUCAAGCUGUUCCAGCCGUCGAAACUAAGUCGUUAAAUGGGGACAAAAAGCCAAAGGGGGCCGGCAAGAAAAGUCGACCGAAGUCUGUAGAUAUCGAAGAAAUCUCUCAAAAAACUGCAAGUGCACAACUAGAUGAUGCAUCCAAAAAAGUCACCACUCCAUCUCACAUCCCCUCGCCGCCUAAUCUAUUGUUACCUUCCGUACAAAGUACUUAUCAUUUGAUGGAAAAUCCAUCAUUCUUACGGCAAUUGACAAGAUUGAUUGUACGUGGCCGACAGAAACCCAUGAAGCAUGUAUCUUUGGCGAAGGAAGUACCAACAAUUAAGAAUGCAGUCGCGAUAGGCGUGCAUGGCCUAUUCCCUGCACCUCUGUUGCGCAAACUCAUCGGACAGCCCAGUGGAACUUCGAUAAGAUUCGCUAAUCAUGCAGCGGCUGCUAUAAAGCGGUGGGCAGAUGCACAUGGAUCUCCUGAUUGUGAAAUAGAGAAAGUGGCACUUGAUGGUGAGGGCAAAAUCUUUGAGAGGGUGGAUAAACUCUGGAAACUUCUCAGUAAUUGGACAGAUCGAUUGCGGCAAGCAGAUUUCAUUAUGGUGGCUGCUCAUUCACAGGGUGUCCCAGUUGCUUUGAUGCUUGUCGCAAAAUUGAUAGAAGAGGGUAUAGUAUCGUCAGCGAGAAUCGGCGUAUGUGCAAUGGCUGGUGUGUCAUUAGGUCCUUUUGCAAGUCAUCAAACUGGAUAUCAAGCAGCAUUAUUCAACGAGAUGAUUACAGAACUUUUUGAAUUUGCAAAUUACGAAAGUGAGGUGGCAAAGCAUUAUGAAAAGGCCCUUCGACGGGUCUUAAAAUACGGAGUAAGGGUGACUUUUUGCGCGAGUAUUGACGACCAACUCGUAUCUAUUGAGUCCGCCAUCUUCUCGCCAGCAGAACAUCCCUAUAUUUACCGAGCUGUCUUUGUGGAUGGACGCAUACAUGCUCCGGACUUUAUUGCCCACUUAGUCGGCUUCGCGUUGAAAUUGCGCAAUCUUGGUGUGUCGGAUCACGGGCUCAUUCGCGAACUAUCGGCACCUCUGGCUGGAAGUCUCUAUACUGGUGGUGGUCACUCCCGUCUCUAUGACGAUGACAAAAUAUAUGACAUGGCAAUGGACCACGCCCUCACCACUACUUCAGUUCCCGACGUACCUUUGCACAUGUCCCAAUAUGCCCCGCCUACAAAUGCAAAUCCCUACGUUUUACCCUGGAUCAUGCGUGGUGUUCUCGAGGAAGAGUUCGUGAAAACAGAACUGCACAACGAAGCAGUAGAACUACUGAAGCAAUUCGAUGAUUGGAAGCCUACUACUAAAGUUUUACAAGAUGUAAAGUACAGGCUGGAAGCUGUUAGAUCGAAACUAUGA